AUGACGCCCCCGGACGCGCGCGCGGUGGACGACGACGACGUCCCGCGUCCGCCGAGCGUCGAGAGCCUCGGGAGCGAGGUCUCGCUCGAGCAGUGCGAGCGUUUAUUCACGUGUUUACACUUUCACGCGUGCGAAGCCAUGUGUCGAGACGUGUACGCGGCGUACGCGAUCGAUCCGUCGGCGCCGAGGCCGUUGGUGCGAGGGAGGGACGAUGUGAACGCUGGAGCGAGGGCGAGGGCGAGCGAGACGAGGGCGAGGGAUGAGACGGAUGACGACGACGACGCGCGAAGACGGCGCGCGAAGGCGGCGGCGCGACGGUUGCGGCGACCGGAGGAUUACCUGGACGAGAUCUACGAUGAGUGUUCGUGUAGUGAGGAUGAGGAUGAAAAUUCUGAGCGGAAUGUCCUGCGACGGGAGAUGGAUGCGGAGUUGAGAGCGAUGCGGUGGCCUCCGGAGGAUUUGAGCUCGCGCGACGCGUGUUGGAUCGCGUCGUGUUUGUGGGUGCAGUGUAAGUUUAAAUCGGCGCGAGGUUUGGGACGGACGAUCGCGGAAGAUGAGGAUGAUAUUGCGAGAGGGGUUCCGAGGGCGAAACGGGCGUUCGGGCCCACUUUUCGCAUGCUGUGGUGUAAACUGAAGUGGGAGGAGGGACCGGCGAAGAACGCGAACACCGCAGAGGAACUCGAGAUUGAGCGCGUCAUAUUGGAGCUCUUCGACGAGGCGAGGCGUUUGAACGUCGUGGAGUCCGAUGCAGUGCCGAGCGACAAGCGCGAGGCGUGGAUGCAGGCGUUGGGGAAUCUGUCGUGGUUGUACGCAAGUCAGAUUUUAGCUUCGCAACGAGACGCCGCUGACGCCGCGAUGCGAUGGAUCGACGACCAAUCGGAUCUCCUCGAUUCGCAAAUCAUGAUGGAGGUCAAGAGUUGGAUUCGUGACGUCGGGAUUAACAGGCUGUAUCGCUUCACGUACACGGUAGACGACAUGGGACGAGCGGUUGUGGUGAACGAGCGCGUCGACGACGUCGACUCCGCGCGCGAACCGGAGCCGCCAACGAUCACCUCGCGACGCUCGGUACCGUUGGAUGACCGAGACGACGACGAGAACAAGGAGAAAUCCACCGAGGUCACGCCGAGCGCGACGGACGCGAAAUCACCGACCGCACGCGAAAAGAACGACCGACGACCGUCGCUCGCCGACGCGCUCGCUCGAUCCGUCGGCGAAAUCGCCCGCGACCCGCUCGGGGAUCACGCCCUUCGCGCGUACGCCACCGCCGCCGUCGGCGCGUACACCGCGUACAUCCUAGCCCGUGCGUUUCGUUCGAGAUCGAAAUCGCGAUAG